AUGGAGGCGGUCACCAGGUUGGUUAAAAUUAGGACAAGUAAAACUACUUUAGCUAUUGGCGAUGGAGCAAAUGAUGUUGGUAUGCUACAAGAGGCUGACAUUGGGGUUGGAAUAAGUGGCGCUGAAGGAAUGCAGGCUGUUAUGGCGAGUGACUUUGCAAUAGCACAGUUUCGUUUCUUAGAGCGAUUACUUCUUGUGCAUGGUCAUUGGUGUUAUCGUCGAAUUGCAGCUAUGAUAUGCUAUUUUUUCUUCAAGAACAUCACAUUUGGCUUUACGCUUUUCUGGUUUGAGGCUCAUGCUAUGUUCUCAGCACAACCUGCGUACAAUGAUUGGUUCAUAUCUUUCUAUAGCGUUGCCUUCACAUCUCUUCCUGUCAUCGCCCUAGGUGUUUUUGACAAGGAUGUCUCUUCCCGUGUUUGUCUUGAGGUCCCUUCAUUACAUCAAGAUGGUGUUAAUAAUGUGUUCUUCAGUUGGUCUCGAAUACUCAGUUGGAUGUUAAAUGGGAUGUGCUGUUCAAUAAUUAUUUACUUUGGUUCCCUCAACGCUAUUCUAGUUCAGGCUGUCCGACAGGAUGGUCGCGUUGCUGGGUUUGACAUCCUUGGGGUGACCAUGUACAGUUGUGUAGUGUGGACUGUGAACUGCCAGCUAGCUCUCUACAUCAGCUACUUCACCUGGAUACAGCAUUUUGUCAUCUGGGGCAGCAUACUGAUCUGGUACACUUUCCUGGUCAUCUAUGGACUAUUUUCCCCAGCAAUAUCAGCCACUGCAUAUCAUGUUUUUGUGGAAGCUUGUGCACCUAGCCCUUUGUACUGGUUAUCUACUCUAAUGAUUGUGGUGACAGCCUUGAUCCCAUUCUUUGUCUACAAAAUAUCGAGAACACUGUAUUACCCACAGUAUCAUGAUCAAGUUCAGAGGGCUAACUCAAAGAAUUGGUAG